AUGAUGUCAACAGCAAUGACCACCUUCCUCGCGACCGUCACACUCUUAUUGGCUGGCAACCGUCACUUGACCCAGGCCAAGACAGUUGUCUUGUUCUCUCCCCCUCACGCCGCUAACGUGCGCACAUACACUAACACAGGCCGCGCCCUGGCCGCGCUAGGACAUGACGUUUACGUCCCUGUGCCGGACUUCAUGCUCAAAGACAACUCCGUCAACGUGCAGGGCAUCAACGUCAUACGGUACGGCGAGUAUCUCGGUCACUUCGACGACAAGAUCGCAGCUAUGGCCGUGGAUAAAUUCUGGAGGAACCAGUCUAUGGUUCUCGGAGACUUCACAGGAUUUAUCAAGUUUUGGGAAGACUUGGCGACUCAGCUUUUGUCAGACAAACAGCUUAUUGCGAAAUUCAAAGAUAUUAAGCCAGAUUUGUUUGUUUUAAUGAAGCAGCCUUUGCUUAGGGAUUUUGUCAUUUUCCCCUAUAUGCUGAAUGUUCCUUUUUCGUGUUUGUGUUAUUAUCACGAUUAUGUUGGACAAAGGGUUCCCAUCAGUCUGUCCUCCUCACCAAUGCAUCUGAAUGGUGAUUUUCUGGAAGAGGGUAUGACUUUCAUCCAACGUCUCAAGAAUAGCGUGGUUCAUUUAACGCUCUUCUUUCUCCACGAGUACGCAACCAGUGACAAACUCGUCGCAAAGUUUGCACCUCACCGGCCCAGAAUAUCUACCAAGGAGAUCAUGUCCCAAGCGGAAAUUUCCCUCGUUGAGAGCGACCCAAUUAUAGAUUUCGCUCGCCCGCAGCUGCCAAAUACUAAAUUCGUGGGAAGCACAGCGGUGAAUCUCCCAGAAGAACUCAAAGAGCCGUUCAAAAGCUUCAUGGAGAAAUCUGUGAACGGCGUGGUUGUAGUUACGUUCGGAAGCAGCAUUCUGGAGGUACCGGACUACAUUUCCUUCAAGAUGAUGUCGGCGUUCUUGAAGCUGAAGCAGAACGUGAUUUGGCGCGUGAAACUCCAGUCUCCAGAUCCGGGUAAGAUUCUCACUUCUUCCUGGGUACCGCAAAAUGACCUCCUAGCGCAAACGAACACCAAGCUCUUCGUCUCCCACUGCGGUUUGAAUGGACAGUACGAGGCAAUGUACCACGCCGUGCCAACACUUUGCCUGCCUUUUGGGAACGACAUGCCGUACAAUGCCCAAAGGGGCGUGGUCAAAGGUUUUGGUCUUAAGGCCGACAUCCGUGAGGUCACAGACAUAGAGCUUCUAGCGCUGAUGAGAGAAAUGCUGGAGAAUAACAAGUAUAAGAAAAACAUACAAAAAGCCUCGGACCUGUACAAAGAACUGUAUAAGCGUCCGGUCAACGAGACAGCAUUCUGGUUGGAUCACGUGAUGAAGUACGGUGGCGCUUACAUGAGGUCAACAGGUCAAAACAUGCCCAUGUACCAGUUCCUGGCGCUAGACGUUCUGGUGUUCUUAGCGGUCGUGAAAGUGGUUUUUGUUCUGUUGGUGUACAAGACCUGUCGCUGUUGCUGUGGCCUGUGUUGUGGCAAGAAGAGGAAAUCAAAGAGAGAUUAAUUAAGAUGUUCUUGCGUGCACGGGGGGCGUUCAUAAAGU